AAAGAGUAACUUCUGUCAAUAAAUAAAUAUUGCAGAAAACGAACCUCUAUCAUGACAACCUCAUUUGCUGACCUCACCUGAACGAACGCCUUCGGACUUCUACGCCAACGAACCUAAGCUUCAAGUGAAGGGGAACCCGUCAAGCUCUCACCAUGGCCCCUCACAAGCUCCUGGACACCCACAUCCACCUCUGGCCCAGCACAUCCACUUCUCCCUCGAACCAUGCCUGGAUGACACCAGGCCACAUACUCGCGAAACGACACGGGAUAUCCGACUACAAGGCCGCCGUCUCUGCCUCUCCAGUCCAACCCACCGCCUUCAUCUACGUGGAAACGGACCGCUAUCUACCUACCCCGUCUCCCCCCGUGGAUCUCGCGCAAUUGCGAGACUUGUCAAACGAUGAGCAAAAGAACGCACGUGCACGGGAAUUGUUGGAGCACUGGGCCCAUGAGCCGCUGGAGGAGUUGAGGUUUCUAAGGCGCAUCGUUGAAGGCACGCCCGAGGAUGCAGAGACGGAUGGAUUCGAUGCCGGAGAUGGAGAUUGCAUGGUGGGUUGUGUCAUCUGGGCGCCAUUUCACCUCGCGCCCCAGCUCUUCGAUAUGUAUCUCGAUAUCGCGGAGCGAGUUGCUGGGCCGAGGCUGUGGGGGAGAGUUGUGGGAUUCCGGUAUUUGCUUCAGGGGAUUGAAGAGGAGGAUAUCUUAAGAAAGCUACUGCAGAGUGAAGAGUGGAAGACCAAUAUUCUGCGGUUGCGCUCUGGGCGAGGGGGGCAAGGGUGGACGUUUGAUGUUGGCGUGGAUGCGCAUAGGGGGGCCGUGGGGCAGGUGGAAGCAGCCGCUGAUAUGGUCGAAAUGGUUAGGGAGAGGGAAGAGAAGGAAGGAGGCAAGGGGAGAGUCAAGUUUGUCCUAAAUCAUCUAUGCAAGCCGGAUCUCUCGAGCGGUGCUGGUACUGGGUUGGCUGCGAGCGAGGGCUGGUUACGGGCAGUGAGACGACUUGCUGCUGUGCCGGGGGUGUAUAUGAAGCUUUCCGGGGCUCUGAAUGAAUUUGCGCCAGACCCAACACCGGAGGAUGUGGAUGGUAUUGCUGCGAGGAUGGAUUUCUACGGAAGAAACGUCUUUGAUUUGUUUUGGGCACCGAGGGUCAUGUUUGGUUCGGAUUGGCCAGUUUGCAACCUUGGAGGUCCGAGGGGCGAACAAGGGAAUUGGGCGCUCUGGAGGGAAGUCGUCGGGUCUCUGAUGGAGAGAUGUGGCAUUACAGACGUGGAAGACGUUUGGUGGAAGACUGGUUGUGAGGCAUAUGGAGUCGACAUCCAACUCUGAGAGGCGCACGGGCCCUCGGACGGCAUUGACCCGGAGGGGAAUCAGACCUCUUUCAUCUACCUGUUUGGAUGAAUCUGCAGUUAUUACGUCCUCCAUCGUGCGACACGAUGGCUUCCACUCUCCCUUCCCGAUU